ACUCCAGGAUUACACUCACCUUUUUGACUUCAUAAGACAUUAGGGUCCCGGUUCCACACCUGACAGCACGAUGUCUGACAGAGGAGCGUUCGACACCAAUGUUGUGACCCUCACCAGGUUUGUCCUGGAGGAGGGAAGGAAGGCCCAGGGCACAGGAGAGCUCACCACCCUGCUCAACUCCAUCUGCACGGCCGUCAAAGCCAUCUCAACGGCUGUCAGGAAGGCUGGGAUCGCUAACCUAUAUGGCAUCGCUGGAAGCACCAACGUGACGGGGGACCAGGUGAAGAAGCUGGACGUCCUGUCCAACGACCUGGUCAUCAACAUGAUCAAGUCCUCAUUCACCUCCUGUGUGCUGGUGUCUGAGGAGGACGAGAAGGCCAUCAUUGUGGAGCCAGACAAGCGGGGAAAAUACAUCGUGUGCUUCGAUCCACUGGACGGCUCCUCAAACAUCGACUGUCUCGUCUCCAUCGGAACAAUUUUCGCCAUCUACCGAAAGACCACAGAUGAUGAGCCGGUGGAGGCCGACGCUCUGCAGCCUGGAAGGAACAUCGUAGCGGCAGGUUACGCUCUGUACGGCAGCGCCACCAUGAUGGUCCUCUCCACGGGUCAGGGGGUCAACUGCUUCAUGCUCGACCCUGCUAUCGGUGAGUUCAUCUUGGUGGACCGAGACGUGAAGAUCAAGAAGAAGGGGAAAAUCUACAGUUUGAACGAAGGAUACGCACAGCAGUUUUACCCAGAUGUGACAGAAUACCUGCAGAAGAAGAAAUACCCACAGGACGGUUCCGCUGCAUAUGGCAGUCGGUAUGUUGGGUCUAUGGUCGCCGAUGUUCACCGUACUUUGGUGUACGGAGGAAUCUUUUUAUAUCCAGCGAAUGUCAAGAGUCCCAAGGGAAAGCUGAGGCUGCUGUAUGAAUGCAACCCGAUGGCGUUCAUCAUCGAGCAGGCAGGAGGCCUGGCCACGACAGGAUCUAUGAACGUUCUGGACAUCCAGCCCACCUCCAUCCACCAGAGAGUCCCUGUGGUCCUGGGGUCCCCUGAUGAUGUGCAGGAGUAUCUGGACAUCUGCAAAAAGCAAAAGAAAUGAGCAGGAAAAGUCUGCUGCUGAGAAACCAAACAACAGCA